AGAGCAAAACGUAUACCUGGGAAUCCAAGAAAAAUCGAAAAUGUUCGGGUUAUUUUGCAUUGUUUUCUCUGCACUCUGCAUUGUCGUCGGGUUUAGUGCCAGUGUUUAUUACAACUUAUUUGACGCGACCUUGGGUAAAUGGAUUGCGAUGAAUUCCGAAGUCGUGGAAAAGAAAUGAUAGAGUACAUCUGCAGCUACCUACACAACAUAGACACCAGAAGAGUGACCCCUAGUAUAGAACCCGGAUAUCUGCGCAAACUUAUCCCAGAGGAUGCUCCCGUAGAACCCGAAGAUUGGGACAGCAUCAUGGCGGACGUGGAAUCUAAAAUAAUGCCCGGCGUGACUCACUGGCAACAUCCUAGGUUCCAUGCCUAUUUUCCAAGCGGCAAUUCUUUUCCCUCUAUUCUAGGUGACAUGUUAUCGGAUGCCAUUGGUUGUAUAGGGUUUUCUUGGGCUGCUAGUCCAGCUUGUACGGAAUUGGAAACUAUAGUGUUGGAUUGGCUUGGAAAAGCUAUUGGCUUGCCUGACGAAUUUCUGGCCUUCAAAGAAGGAAGCAGAGGGGGUGGCGUUAUACAGACAUCGGCCAGUGAAUGUGUUUUGGUAUCGAUGCUAGCAGCAAGAGCCCAAGCGCUGAAAAGGCUCAAACAGCAACAUCCAUUCGUAGAAGAAGGAGUUCUUUUGUCCAAGCUCAUGGCUUAUUGUUCAAAAGAGGCUCAUUCGUGUGUGGAAAAAGCAGCAAUGAUUUGUUUUGUCAAGCUGAGAAUAUUGGAGCCCGAUGAAAAGUCGUCUCUGAGAGGGAAGACUUUGAUGAUGGCUAUGGAAGAAGAUGAAACCAUGGGCCUAAUACCAUUCUUCGUGUCGACAACCCUCGGCACUACAUCCUGUUGCUCUUUCGAUAACCUGCCAGAAAUUGGCCAGGUUUGCCAAAAAUUCCCUUGCAUUUGGCUACACGUGGAUGCAGCUUAUGCCGGAAACGCUUUUAUUUGUCCAGAAUUAAAAUAUCUUUUAGAUGGAAUUGAAUAUGCUGACUCUUUCAAUACCAAUCCUAACAAGUGGUUGUUGACAAACUUUGAUUGCUCUACAUAUUGGGUUAGAGAUAGACUCAGACUUACUUCAGCUCUAGUAGUAGAUCCUUUAUAUCUGCAACACGGCUACUCAGAUGCCACAAUAGAUUAUCGCCAUUGGGGAGUUCCAUUGAGCAGAAGGUUUAGAUCUUUGAAGUUGUGGUUUGUUUUGAGGAGUUACGGCAUAGCUGGUCUACAAAAAUACAUUAGAUUACAUAUUAGAUUGGCGAAAAGGUUUGAGGUGCAUGUUUUGAACGAUAGAAGAUUUGAAAUUUGUAACGACGUGAAGUUGGGUUUGGUUUGCUUUCGUCUAAAAGCUCCCGAUAAAGUAAAUGAGAAACUUUUAAGUAACAUCAACGCUUCUGGGAAACUACACAUGGUUCCGUCUAGCGUAAAUGACAAAUACGUCAUAAGAUUUUGUGUGGUAUCGCAUAUAGCGACUGAAAAUGACAUUGAUCAUGCUUGGGAGGUCAUUUGCGAGUUUGCAGAAGAACUUUUGGACACGCAGGCUUCCGAAAAAGAACAGGAACUUCAUGACGAAGUCUUCGAAUUACUCGAAAGAAAGAAAAAAGAAACGUUGGCUCAAAAACGAAGCUUUUUCGUACGUAUGGUUAGCGAUCCCAAGAUUUACAACCCUUCGAUUGCCAAAGCCCUGCCGUCAACCAGAAGGCAUUUGACUCAACCAGCCAUCGAGUCACCCGAAAAUAAUAUAACGGUCCAACCACCAGCGCAUCGAGUGCAUUCAUUCAAAAGGAGCGCAUCCUGGAUAAGUUGGCCGCUGGCUUUCCUAUUCCAGGGUAUUACCGAAGAAGGGUCUGCCAGCAAUGUACCGAUCCGGUUUCGUCAUUUGGAUACCAAAGUCCGACUAAAAGCGUCGGGUAAAUCUGGAACAGGAUCGCCAAGACAAUCACCAUCGCCGGAUGGAGAGAACAGCAGGUCUCCAAAAAGAUCUCCAGUCUCCUCUAGGAAGUCGUCUUUAAUCUCUUAAAUGUUUUUCAUGUAUGUAUUGCCUCUGGCAAGAACCAUUCGAGACGAGACCCAAAUAAAAUUAAUUAUUCAUAAUAGUAAGUACCUACUCAAUAAAUGGAUAAGUAAUCAUGUAAUGCUUUAAAAGAUUUUUUAAUUUAGGAUUGUUUGAUUAUUUAACUUCUUACCACUAGACUUGUAAGAUGUAAAAUUAUUAUUGAUUCCUCAUGCUUGUUUAUUGUUUACUUCCUAUUGAUAUUAA